AAUAAACAAGGAUACACAUAUUACAUCAUAGUGUCACAUAGUGUAACGAAAACCGGUCUGGUCAAUUCUCUAUUAUACACACAACUUGUUUUCGUUAGCUGCGAGGAAGUUUAUUUAAUCGUUGAUAUCAUGAGAUAAAAAAUGACUGUUUGUAGAACAGUGUGUAUCAUCAUAUAAACAAUUUUCACAUGACAAAACUUAUUUUAAACUCACCAAUGGAGGAGCCAGAGAAAGUAAAAACACCAGAAUGGAAGAGACCUGAUCAAGUGAUGCAGUUGCAUCGACUAAAAAUUAAAAAACGCUCUCUCCAAGCACGUAUGACCAAUAUACGUGUUAACAGAGAAAAUUUGGACAUAUUAAAGAAUUGUAACCUUAAUAAUGGACAGUCUGUUGCUCAGAAGCGUAAAAAUCCUUUUGCCCAAGGUGAAGGAAAUAAACGAGCCAAUAUAACUCCUCCAGAGUUAGAAACUAGUAAUGAUAAUACAUUGUACGAGCUAUUGAAAAUUGAAACUCCAAAAUCAGCACCGGAAAGCCCAAUAACUGACAGUCCAUUAACGUUCUCCAACUUAUUUUCAAAAUUAGAAGCGAGUAAGUAUAGUCAGGAAGUAGAAAUACCAAAAGGUGAAAAGUAUAUUCCAAUAGAUUGGACAUUAAAAACAAAAAUGAGAUUUAUGUCUCCAAAACCAUUUCCAUGGAAUUCUAAAUUAAAAACUAGCGAAGAAGCAUCUGGUACAACUGGUUUUGUAAGGUGUUUAGAUAUUAGUGAAAAAAAUUCAACUUUAGACACUAGUCCAAAUGCAAGGCUACAUAGAUGUUGCUUAACAUGGCAACAUCCUUCACUUCCAUGGUUAGAAUUAUUUCCUCGCUGUGCUGGCAAAGUGAGUGCCAAUCUGACAAAUAAUUUGGCUAUCGUGAAUAAUGUACCUGUUAAAGAUGCUUUAUAUAAAGACUGGAGCGAUAGCUUUAGAUCUCUUUUCCACUUAUUACGGGCUGGACAAUGUCCCUACUUUUAUGUUUGUGCAAAUAAUUUCACUGUUUUAUUUCGUGCUGCUGGGAUUUGUGGAAUAUCUGAAGCUCAUGCACUUUUGACUCCUACUACACGAGGUUUCCGACAAUCCUUAAAACAAGAAGAAAUAGAUUAUACAAUGCCUUUAAGGAAAGAUUCUAAAAGACGAUCAGAUGUAACUGAUUCUGGUUGCGAUACAAUGGAUUUAGCUGUAUCAAAUACUAACACACAAUCAAAUAAUUCAGAAGAUCAAAGUUUGGAUGACGAGGACGAAACCCAAGAUGAGUGGUUACAAAGUCUUGGUGUUGAUAAUUCUGAAAUUCGCAAAAUUCAUAGUUCUCAGGCGAGAGUGACAUUGGAAAAGGAAACUGAAAUAGACAAUCUGAAACAGUCUUUAAUUUUUGUCAAAGGUGUUGAGGCACAAGGUCUAUUUAAUUUUCUAAUUAAUUGUAAGUCGGCUAUUACAACCACUGGCCCUUUAGCGGGAGUGCCUCCGACUCUUUUAGCGCCUGUAGCCUUUUAUGGUGCUACGUUAAAACCAAUUAAGGUGAAAGAAAGUACAGUACGCGUCGAUAAUGAAAGAUAUUUUUCUUUCGAAUUAAAGGGGCCAUUAUUACCGCACGUAUUACCCUCUCUUUGUUCUUUAAUGAAAUCUAGUCAAUUGGAGCAAUAUUCUGCAAGUUGUGCACAAUUAAAUUCAACAACUUCAUUUUCGGUAACAAAAUACGGAUCUGAACAACGAGAAUCAAGUGACGCGCCAAAAAUACCACAAAAUAUUUUUGCUCAGGAGAAUUUGAGUGAUUGUGGAUUUAACGACGAAUUAUUGAAAAAAUUUUGUAGUUCUGAUUCGUCACACGUUCAAAUUUUAGAUAGUAUUAAGUACUCAAACAAUUUGUACACCUGGGCUUGACAAAACACUUG